CCCGUCACGAUUGGCCCCAAGCCUCUUCACCUCCUCCCAAAAGGCGCGCGCCCCCCUCCCCGCCAAAGUUCUGCCUAACCGCUGGCAGUAUCAAGGGUCUUUUCUCUCUCUCUCUCUCCCUCCCUCCCUCCCUCAUCUUCUUUUCUUUCGCGUCUUUCCCAGCCCAAGUAACUAGCGACCUGCGACCGUACCGCUCCCUGCCGCCACCGCCGCCGUCGCGACUGUCGUGACCUCUAAUUAUCAGUAUCAUCUCGCAAAAGUCCGUCUGUACGAAUCCAGGCCCUGCAAAAGACCAUGGAUCUCGACUACUCUCGCCGGAAUAAGAAACCCCGCCCCCUGUCGGACGCCGAAAAGGACAAGCUGGACGAGUUUGUCGAGGCAAUCCACUACUCUGCUCGAUACUCGGACAGCGAGUACGAGUACCGCCACGUGCAACUGCCCAAGACGAUGUUGAAGGCUAUACCGAAGGAAUACUUUGACGGCGCUCGCGGCACCCUCAAGCUGCUGUGGGAGGAGGAAUGGCGGGGGCUCGGCAUCACGCAAAGUCUAGGAUGGGAGCAUUACGAAGUGCACGAGCCGGAACCUCAUAUUCUCUUGUUCAAACGCCCUAUCAAUUACCAACCGCCAGCACAGCACUGACCCGAAUUCCUCGUCCGGUUUUGACCUCCUCUGCUAUCCGAGCCGCUUGGUGAAGACAUCGUAUACUUUCCAAUAUUACUACAGAUGAUAUCUAAUACGAGACUAGAUUUUUUGGGUCUAAAAGUAUGGGGGACGAGUUGGGGGAACAGAUGCAGAAUAUAUCCCAAAGGGGAACUUGCUGUUUCAAGAUCUUUGAAGUUUUGUUCAAAGCCAGAUUCGGAGCGAGAGGCGAGGGAAAAAGAGU